AAAGCAGCCAUCUGCCACAAUCAACUGGGGUUUGAGAGGACAAAGCAGAGACACAAAAAGAACACAGAAGCACUGAUCCAGGAGUACUUUCUAUGUUUAAGAAAACAUAGAGAGUUAAUAGCAGUAUAGCACCUUGAGUGGCCUCAUCUAGAAGAGAAACACAGCUAAACAGCUUUCUUCCGCUGCCUUUAGCGGAAACUGUGGGCGGAGUUAGGAGAUAAACGCGCAGCUACCAGCCGGCUUAGGGGAAGCUGUGAGCGAACCGAGGUUCUCCUUCCGCCGUCUGGAUGUGCAGAGAGCCGUCACAUAUCGCUGGGAGGAAAAUGUCCUGUGGGCUGUGGAAAGAGACCGUGGCUGUUGCAGAGGACUACAUGCAACUGUGCUGCUCAAGCCCACAUCCAGCCCCUCCAUCUCCCAGCGAGCCCGCCACCGCCAUGAGGCGCCUAGCUCGGGACUUGGAGACCCAGCACCAGGCUCGAUUCCACUCCCUGGCCCAGACCUUCCUGAAGCACGGCGGGAUGGACCUCUGCUCCAGGCUGAGGAAGGUAAUGGACGAGAUGGUGGGGGAUGGACACUUCAACUGGGGGAGGGUUGUAUCCCUCUUCACCUUUGCUGGUGUGCUGGCCAGACAGCUGCAGGAGCAGAAGGGCAAGAACCCAGGGCAGGAACCCAAGAAGCAGCAGGAACUGCAGCAGGAGCCCGUAAGCUGCAGAGCGCUGGCAGAGACCAUUGCGGAUUACCUGGAGAGGCACAAAAAAGACUGGCUACAGGAAAAUAAUGGAUGGGAUGGGUUCUGUAAUUACGCCCACAACGCCAGAGAAGUAAGUCAGGACUCCUCCAUGAAGACGGCGCUGGUUGCUGUUGCCGGAGUCGGCAUCGCUGGACUCACCUUCCUCCUGGUGCGCUAGUUGGCCGUCGGCGUCCAUUAGAAGUUCUCAGUUUGUCUGAAUGAGGAAAUAUUUGAAUUGUAAUGUCAGUGCUGCAGCACAAGGUGAACCUGUAGUGAAUUCAAGGUUGUGAUCUCCCAUCAUUGACUGUUUGCACAAACUCAUGACUCUCUACAAGCAUCAAUACUGACACUUGUUCCUAAAGAUUGUAAACCAAUUAGAAUGCCUUUUUAAAAUGUCAUGUGAGUUUGCAUAUCUUUGGUUAAUGCCUAAAGCACAACAAAUUUAAGUUUUUGUUUUCCAUCUGUGCAGCUAAAAUACUUCAUUUAGAUUUAUCACAGACCUGAGUUUAGAUUUUAAAAUCAUCUGUUGCCUUUUUGUCUUUACCUUAGUUGUGUCUGUGAUGACUGAGUUUAUGUGUAAAUUAAUAUAUUUAUAUAAAAAAUAAAACCUAAAGCAGCGGCCCUCUGCUCAUUGAUCCAUAGCAGAUUCUGUUUGUUCUACUUUUUUUUUUUUUUCUUUUGUGAACUGAUUUACAAGGUUAGCAGAGCUGGAAGGUGAAGAUGACCUCACAAUGGUGCUAUGACUUAACAUUUCAUAUCCAUCUACCAAACCAGCGACCAAUCGGGCACGUUUCAUUAAUCGUAUCUGUGACAUUCCCCUCUCCAAAAAAACAAAUGUAAACAUAUUUUCUAAUAUUUAUUUGACUUUUUUUAAAUAAAAUGAAUUGUGACCUUUGAA